AUGCGCUCAUCUGCCUCCCUCCGCAACGUGCUCCGUUCGCACCCUCGCCCUCUGGCGCAGACAAACGCUCAGCUGCGGGCCCCACUGGUGCGCCAGCUCCCGAGGCGUACCUUCGCCGACGGGAACGCGACCUCGGAUGCCGCCAAGACGGCCGAGAAGGCUGCCAACAGCAACCUGCCCGUUCUCCUGGGCCUAGCUGCCCUCGGUGCGGGAGUGUACUGGUACGUCAAGCCCGUGCGCGACGUGGCGUCCAAAAUCGACUCUGCCAUCAAGGUGACCGAGGAUGCCGCCAAGGUGGCCAAGGACCAGGCCAAGAUGGCAGGUGAGGCCAUUGCGGACGGUGUCGACCCCGGAACAGCUCUGGGCCUCGCCCAGCAGUACUUCCCAGCCGUGGCUGCUGUGAUCACCACAUCGGGACUCGGAGGCGUGUACUCUAGCCUCAAGGAUGGCGAGAUCCAGGACGCCCUCGAGCAGCUCGAAAAGGCCGGUAACGAGGACAUUAAGAACAUCACCAAGAAGGUCAAGUCCCGCCUCAAUGAUGCAGGCGACAAGGUGGAGAACAUGGAUUGGCGUGCGCUCGCGAGUGACCUCUCCAAGGAGUACGGAGGCAAGCACCAGGACACCAUUGACACUCUCAUCGGCAAGGUCCCCACCUCGAAAGACUUUGACCAAAUGAUCAACAACUUCAAGAAGGAGUCCGAGUCUCAGCUCAAAGAGCUCGAGAAGCGCGCCAACAAGGUGUACGUCGAAGUCGAGAAGGCCCGCAAGGACACCAAGACCGAGGGCGACGCCUGGGUGCAGGGUAUCAAGAAGGGUGCCCCCGAGGAGCUCGAUGCCCUCAUCGACUCGUUCCGUGACGCCUGCAAGGCGAUUGGCGUGGCCCCCGAGACGAUGGAGAGCUACAUCAAGAGCAAGACCGAGGAAGGUAUCAAGGACACGGCAGAGUACGCCGCCUACGUCCAGGACAAGUUCAACUCGGCUGUCCGUUGGGUGCCGCUUGAGCAGGAGGACAUUGUCGCCAAGGUCUCCACGCUCUCCCCUUCGCUUGGAAAGCUUGUCAACGAGCUCAUGACCGAGGGAUCGGACAAGAUGAAGGCGGGCAAGAAGGCCCUGGAAAAGGGCAAGAAGGAGGCCGAAGGGGCCGUCGAUGAUGUCAAGAACAAGGCUGGCAAGGCCGUCGACGACGCCAAGGACAAGGCGGGCAAGGCGGUGGACAAGGGAAAGGAUGUGGUCAAGGAAGGUGCGGACAAGGUCGAGAAGGCGGCCAAGGAUGUCAAGUCUAAGAUGUAG